CGAAGAUCAUCAUGAAGGGUAUCGUGCUUUUUAAUUUCUUGUGGUUUGCCUCAGUUCUGGCCUCCUCCCCAGAAGGUAUGGAUUACUUUAAAUCUCAUUCAAAAUUAAGACUAUUAAUCAUCAAUGGCAUUGUCUCCUUCUUUUAUGACAGCAAUGUAGAACACUCGUAAAGGCAAAUUUUGCACAAUAACGUCAAAGCUGUAUAAUGUUUAGGUUAAGGUUGUAGGGUAAGGUCGUCUGUAUCACUUAGGGACUCGCGCAAUCAGGAAAAGCAAUUAUUCCAGUAGCAUUCGGGCGCUAUUGGCGUUGUUCUCUCCCCUGUCUAGCAGAUUAAAAUGGGUUUCAUAUCGUUCUGUCAAAAGAGGAUGAGUAGUAAAGUGAGAGGGUUUGAAAGCCGAUGUAAAGAAAUUGCGCAAUAACAAAAACUCCGCCCAUUUGGAGUGAACUAUAAUUUUUUUUCCAAAAAACCAAAUAUGUUUCUUGUGAAUACAUAGAUUUUGAUGUCUAUCAACGGUGAGAUUAAAAAUGUCCUAUAUGCUUUUUGAUUUUUUGUAUUUAAUUUCACAAAAACCACUGAAUUCCUACCUUCAGAAAUAAAAAAAAACCCUUAUUAAAAACGAAAACAUUUUUUAAAAGUUUAAGACACCUUUCCUCUCAUUCCGAGUGAGCAGAGCUUUUCUCUCCUUUCCGAUAAAGAAGAAAUUGUGAGUCACCGGAUCUCCCAUUAUUACUAAACACAGCUAAAUCUGUUUCCUCAUUGAGCCUGCCUGAAUAUGCUAUAACCAGCGGCCGUUUACGCUGUUAUAUCAUCUACUGUUUAUAAGUAGCACUGAAUUGUUAAAUUUAGCCAAGAAAAUGAACCUUUGAACAAAAAGGGUUCAAAACUCUGUCUAGCUUUGAAGAUAAAAAUAAAUUCAGUUUCCUAGUAGAAUUUAGCUCAUACAAAUAGGCCAACCUAUUAACCACUCUAAAUAAUUUUCUUUGCCAGAAAAUUUGCACGUCAAAGAUGGCGGACUGUUUGAAGGCGAUAUGAGGUUUUUACCAGGCCAGGCCAGAGGUUCAGUGCCGGGCAGAUUGUGGCCGAAUGGUGUCUUUGUGUUUGAAAUCGAAUCUUCUUUAAGUAAGGGAUAUCGUAACCACUUUAAAAAUGUCAGCAAGGGUCAAGUCUUACGCAUGGUUUUCCAGCCAUUUUCAUUAUGAAAUUUAACGUUAACACAGCCAAGCUCCAUACACAUAUUUUAUCACUUGGCAAAUUUACGUUUAAUGGUAAUAUCAGUAAAACCGCCUAUGUUGCAAUUGAUGGAUAGACUGGACCAAGUUCAUUUUACGAUGCCACUCGUAUUUACCCUGAGAAGUCUCUUCCUUUCUCUCUUAUGCAUUUUAAACGACUUAACUGAAGAGUGGAACAAAACCUAUGACAAGUGGCAACAAAGAGCUAAGAACCUACAAUCAUUAAGUGAUCGAAGAAUGCUGUAUUAAGUCUGAGACAAAAAUUUAUCAUUAGUUACAACAACUUUCCCAUAAAGAAAAAAAUCUGAGUCUCCAUGUCCCACGCUCGUGACAAAACAAAAGAAAAUCUUUCUCUAUUUCUUUAACGAGCUCAAAAACUUACCAUCUCUCUUAUUUCUAACUUUCCCAUAGCUUUUCAAUUUGUUGCAGUACAAUCGGUUGAUAUAUGCCUCUAAUGCUCCACACCAGAGAGAAUCUUGGAAACCUCUCAUGGGGCGAAACAAUCAUCUCUAUUGAAGUUAAGGGCUGUUGUUGUCCUUCAGAACAAAUGUGGGAAUCGCAAGAAAUUGUCUCUCUUUUUCGAUAACUUUUUUUAUGAAAGGUGGCCUGGAAUUUGUAUCUCCCACUUCCUUUUUAUAGGUUCUCAGUCUAAAGCAAUGACUGCAAUUAACAGUGCUAUGAAGGACUGGACAACGCUUACAAAUGGCUGUAUCAAAUUCCAGAAAAGGACUACAGAGAACGCAUAUGCAUCAUUUUUCAGGGGUUCUGGGUAAGUGUACUUUACUUCAGGUCAACAAAUCAUGUUCAGUAUCUGAUUUCAAGGCGUUGUUUUUAUUUGUAAUGCCAAUGUGAUUAAAUAAAGUCGCGAAAAUAAACAUCAACGAUAGAUUUCAAAUUUUUGUAGAUAAGUAGAUAAUUUCUGAGUACACUAACAACGUUUUCCAAUACUGAACAACAUGGAUGAAAGUAUAUGACUCAAAAGUUGAGUCAAAGGAGAGAACCACCGCGGCAUUUGGCACUCUUUGCUAAUAAAAGUAUCUAGAAUUGAAGUCUAAACAUAUUUGGCUCAAAUUUGCAUAAAUCACCUCGUAAUUGUCUAAUAGAUCCGCAUUUCAUUCAAUAGAUGCUGGUCUUACGUGGGACGCACUGGGCGUAAGCAGCAAUUGUCCUUGGCCACUGGAUGCUGGAGAAAAGGAACUGUAAUCCAUGAAAUUGGUUGGAUGUUCAAACUUCUGUUACUGCCUUGUUAACUUUUUUUUGUAGCCUUAAUUUGUUUAUGAUAUGUAUGAGCGACCUUCAACUGCAAUAUUUUUUUGUGAAUAUGAAAGCGAUCUUCGCAGUAAUGAACACUACUUAGGCAGUAGUGAAAAUAAGGCCUGAAAAAUAUUCAGGCCUGUACGGAACGUAAUGACUUGAGCACAGUUGGUAGAGCGCUGCAAGGGAAUCGCAGAGGUCAUGGGUUCAAAUCCUGUUCGGGCCUGAAUUUUUUUCAAGCCUUAUUUCCACGAAUGCUUAAGUAGUGUUCAUCAUUGCGAAGAUCGCUUUAAUAUUCAUCUCUUACACCGCAGUUCACAUAUAUUAUUUUCAUCAGGAGCCCAUUACCUGGAGCUUCCAUCUUCCAUACUUACCCUCUUAGUCAACCAUGUCCCGUAUCUUUUUAAUUAUACAAGCACCUUCCACGGAGUUUUUCGUGGGUGUUUACAUAAUAGCCAAUUAUAAGAUAGCUGUGGUCCUCUAUUGUUUACAUCACAUGCAGAGAAGGAAUAGAGGUCGGCCUUUCGCCUUCGACUGCCAAUUUUUUUUGGGUGUUAUUCGAAUGUCUGCAUGUUUUUGCGGGAAAUUAAAGAACCCCACACAUAUCUCAGUUCUAAAAAAUAAAAAGGUAUGGGACAGGGUUGACUCAAGGGUACAAUUGGUAUGGAGGAUUCGGGUAAUGGCUCCUGUUUUCUUAUAUUCACAGUCAUAACUAUUUUUUGUGUGGUAACAUUUGGUUUGUUCCAGAAGCUUAAAUGACAUUCAACCGAAAGUAGCUCCAAAUCCGAAGCUAUUUGACUACUUAGAAUAAAGAAAAAUACCAAUUCAGUCACUGUGCAGGCAAUCUGCUCGACGAUAACUGCGGGCGGCUAAACUUCUUAAAUUCUCAAUUCCAAAUUUCUAUCUAUAAAACGAAUCACAAAGUCCUAUCCGUACAUUUCAAAUGAUCAGCUCUACAUAUUUAAAAGCGUCUUGAAUUUUUUUUCUGUCAGGUCACGCUCUUGGCUUUCUUCACGAGCAGUCUCGUCCAGACCGCGAUAAUUAUGUCGAAAUCAAGUUUGAAAAUAUCCAAUCAGGCAAAGAAGGCAAUUUCCGAAAAUCUAGCAGUGUAAACUCGUUCGGAACACCUUAUGACUAUGGGUCCAUCAUGCAUUAUGGUGCGAGGUACUUCUCUAAGAAUGGACAGCCAACAAUUGUCCCAAAGAAACCAGGGGUGAGUGGAUUAUAGGGCCACGGAUCCGGGUUUCUUAUCAAUUUUCACGUGAAAUUUUAGCAGCGACUUAAGCAGUUUUUAGGUGAUUCCUUAAAUUUCUUGGUAACAUGUUAUAAGAAGUAUGGAUUAAUGGGACAAGUUAUACUAUCCGAAAAAACAGCUUUCCUCUUAAGGAGUAGGUGGAUUACGGUUUUAAAGGUUAAUAAAAGAAGAGACGUCCUAAAAGCGGAAAAUGACAUGUUCGCCUCAUAUGACUUUUUAAGCUUUUUUGAGAAUUUUUCCUUUGAAAUCGGCGGGCACGAUUGCAGUUUAGAACUGCACGAAGUCUUAUUAGACGUCAGAACUCUAGUGAAAGACAAGAUAAAUCAUGCACUGAAAUACAAUGGUGCCUAAGAUGUCUUAAGAAUAGGAAAGUCAUUCGUUAUUGGCAGAUUUGGAAGUCAAAUUCAUCAUACUUUUGUUAUUAUUUUGGACAAUGGAGGCAGCAGAAACAUGCUCUUCAUUUUAUGAAUAAAUAACCAUUUUUUAUUCUUUCUAGGUUAGUAUUGGUAACCGAUUAGCUCUCAGUCCUAUUGAUAUUAGGCAGAUGAUGUUGCUUUAUAAGUGCGGUGAGUCGAAAGAGGUCGUUACUAUUCUAAAGUUAAAAUUAAUGUUUAUUACAAUCGUGUUUUUUACAAAUACACCAAAAUAUUAAUUACAUAACUUUCCUAACAAACGUAAGUAAAGAAUAAAAAAGUUGAUUUUAGUGGAUAAUUGAGGGAUAAGGAAGCUUGCGCCGAGGAGUCAGUACUUGUGCCCAACAAUCAAAGCAUUACAGUAAGAGAGAUGGUAAGUUUUGAGAUCGCUAAAGGAAUAGAGAAAAAUGUUUUCGUCUUGUCAAGAGCGUGGGACGAAAUAAAUUCGCAUAAAAUGUUUUCGCUAAUUUAACUAUUUAUCCAACUGAACCCUUAUGAGGACUCAGGUUAUUUUUUUUUGUCCCACGCUCGUGACAGGACGAAAAACAUCUUUCCCUAAUCAGGGCAUUGUUUGCUGUUUUAAACAGAAUGCAAAUUGACAUUUGUUAAGUGUGUCAAGUCAAACUUUAUUUUGCACAAAACCUUUUUGCAGAAGCACAUUCUUUCAUAGUUGGGUAAUGUUUCUGAAUAUUUCAUUUUUCUCUCAGGUGCUCCUCCACCGUCGACACAGCCACCCCCACCGACUACUCCUCCCUCUGCAUGUAAGUUUAAAGUGCAUGCACUAAAAAUAAUCGUUUAAGGGGAUUCCGCCAAAAAAAAGCUUAUCGAACAAUUUUUUUAACUUUCCUUAAUGUUCCUUACCAAUGUCUGUGAAAAAUACAAUGAAAAAGAUAGGUCAACGCGCUUGUUUAGGAGAUAUAAUAAGCCAAACGUACCCCAUUUAUGCUUGUACUUGCACUUAUCAUUUCAUUGGUUCACAAUACACUUUGCUGCAACUGGAAGCAAGUGUUUUUAAAGUAACACUUGAGAAAAAAACUUAACAGAAACAAAAAGUCUCAAGCGUAUGGAACAAUUUGAUAUACAAUAUAAUUUUUGGCAAAAUCACGAAAAUUUAAACGAAAUCGACUAAAACGUUCCUCGAGUCGUUCCUCAUGAUUUGCAUCCUCGAUUUACGGGCUUCGUGCACGCUGUGAGCUUUAUCUUUUUUUUCCUUCGAAUAAUUUUUUUUAAUUUCCCCAAUUUAAAGGGGAUGCAUUUUACACCGAAAUUAUGCAAAAAAUAUAUAUAUAUAGUUUACCUUGCCCUUUCAGGAGCUAAAGACCAUCGUACCUCCUUAAAUGUUCCAUGAAUUGAAAAACAAUACCGCGUUCUCGGAAUGCACGGGCACUCAUUCCCCUGAUUACGUGAUUUUUAUGCGCAUUACAGGAUGCGCGAUGCAAAACUGAGGAAUCACCUUAAAGUUCUGCAAAGGGAAUUUGUUUAACUCUUUGUGCAAGGUGCAUUUUCUCCAGUUUUUCUCUCAAGUACUUGUUCUCUGAGAUAUCCAAUAGACUUAAAGAAUCGUGCUGUUUCAUAGUCUCUCAUCUUACCAGCUUUGUUUAGGAAAAAACAAGUUGAGAGCGUAGGAUUGGGACUGGGCAUAUUUGGAUAAGCUAGGUACGCACGAGAAGGCAUAUUCUUAAAUCUCUUGCUGAUUAUUUCCUUAAAUGCAGCUUUUUCAUGCAAUUUUGACGACGACUGUGGGUUCACACAAAACAAAAAUGACAAAUUUGAUUGGACACCAAGGUCGGGCCCCACUCCAUCUAGAAACACUGGCCCAAGUGGAGACCACACCACAGGAAAUGGUUUGUAUAUUAAUCAGUAGAUUUCUAGUUUACCAAUUUAGACUUGUGAUCAGGUUUGACUGGUCAAUUCGUCUUAGCCUUGGAAUGUUGAAAGAUCAUAAGCAUACUCGUUAUCUCUGAAAAUUUUAGCGUGGAAUACAGUUUCCCUUCUCUUGUUUUCCGAUUUUCAAAAAAUUUUUCCUUUUCAUUCUGACAAAUUAAGGGUAGAUGAUGCCACUCACCAAAAGGCUCUUUGUACUUCAACACUGAGACAUUUGACGGUAAAUCAGAAGGAGGGAAUUCCUCACGAAGAGCUAGUGUUUAUGCUAUUUCCCGUGGGUGUCAGUAAAGUAUUAAGCUGAUAUUUUGUUUCUUACGAAACUUGACGAAGGAAUCUCUACAUUUUAUAGGCAAGUACAGUUACAUUGAAACUUCAAGUCCACGAAGGCCUGGUGACAAUGCCAUAAUGUCUCGAAUGGUUAAACUCUCUGGAAACUCUUGCUUAAGGUUUUAUUAUCACAUGUACGGAACGGAUAUGGGCACUCUGAGGGUGAAACUUUGCAACAAGGUGUUAUUUCAAAAAUCUGGAAACCAGGGAAACACCUGGAAGAUGCACCAAGUUCGUCUUUGUGAGAGAGGUUCAUUCAAGGUAGGUUUCUGUUUACUCCCUUUAGGAUUUCAGUAAGAUUGCAAGAGCUCAACGAUGAAAUAGGAAUAUGAUAACCGAAGGGCGCAUGUCUCAUGUUGGAAGGAAAGACAAUGCAGCAAAAUGAGUGCGAAUGCUUGUAACUCAUGAGAAACUUCUGUACGCGUGCAUGGUAUUUCCAUGGCAACACUGACACUUUCGCAACAAAAUGGCGGAAUUUUUAAAACUUCCCAAUACCCACUUUCACUGCCCGGGUAUAACCCCAAACCAAAACAGAUGAGGUUGGCGUUUUUAGGAUAGUUUCUGUCGAACCUCUUUAGUCACAUACCUCUCGCUCGAUAAACAUGGUAACAGUUGUGAAUGUAGUGACAGAAUUUGAACAGCUGUUACAAGGCUACGAGGUUCGUAAUACCUGUUUUCGCGUUCGCCCCUCUUUUCAACGUCUCCUCAGUAAGCACCCCCCCCCCAGGAAACAAAAUCUUGUUUUGGCGGAAAAACAACGUUUGCGGAAGAGGCAUCCUAGCCCUGAACGCUCAUAUGACUCGAGUAGCGGAGCAUGCGUACUCAUUUUGCCGCAGUGUCGACAGGGAAGGAAGUAAAAAUAGCAUGCAUGGAGAAUCUUAAUGGGAGUCCUAAAAGUACAAGUUAAUCAUUAGGCGCCCGAACGUCCGCUAUUAUUCUCGCCGCUGCCUAGUGGCUGACACAACUAGGAUUGAAAAAACGAAAAAAAGACAAUGACUAUUUACAAGUCCGGCUUCUGAGUGAACAGGUCCUAAAUGUUCGUUAACUCUACUUUCAACCACUAGCUAUUCAGUUAAACUUAUAUCACUCCUCUUUUUCCUUUUAAAUCAUUUAUUAAUUUCUUCCGAAAUUGUAUCAAGAACUUCACUAAUUUAUUAUCUGUAAUCAAUCUUUUGAUCUUUUUUUAUUAUUAUUAUAUAGACAUUAUUAUGAGCCCACUCGUCAUUUAGAUAUUUUUGCUGUUCAUCCCAUUUAAGAUUCUGGCAACCAAUCGAAACCUACUGAAAUCUUUUUUCCAUUGAAUUUUUUUUUUUCUCUUUCAGCUGAGUUUUGAAGGGAUAAGAGGAGCCAACUAUAGGGGGGAUGCUGCAAUUGACGAUAUCAUUAUAUAUGACUGCUAAGUCAAAGCUCAAAACUAACAAAUAAAUGCCGGGAUACAUGUAGAUAAUGGGAUAGAAAUAAAAUGAAUAACAC